AUGUAAAAUAAAAAUUACAAGAACAUAAAUCUUUCUGGUUUUGGUGAGUGGGGAAAAACAGAGAGAAAUCCAAGUGCACUUUUAAUUUAAUAAUUGUCCCCAUAAUAAUAACAUGAUUUUAAUAUUUAAUCCAUUAAAAUUCUCAAAGUUACUAAAGAAGCAUGUGAUGAUUAUUUAAGUUAAAUCAAUAAUAAAAAUGCUAUAAAUAUUCAUCUCGGGUUGUUUGAUGAAUUAUAAAAUUUUCAAUUAGAGAUGUGUGCCUAUAAUAAAUUAGAUUACCAAUUAAGUGAUUUUAAUGGAUGUAAAAUAAGAAGAGCAAAAAUAGAUUAAGAAAUAGAUAUGGAUGAAUAGAUAAAAUCAUCUUUAAACAUAUCUCAAAUUAUUUUCUAAUUAUAACAACUUGGUUAUUAAGUAAAUAAAUCAUACGAUCCAGGUAGGUUUCUUUGCAAUUAUCUAUAUUAUCAAUCAUUAAAAUAAAAUCCAAAAACAAUAUUUCUGCAUGUACCACUCUAUGAAACGAUAAAAUAAGAGAAAUAAUUAUAAUUUUUGAUUGACUUAAUAUAAACUCUCCAUAAUACUAAUAAUGAGUAAGAUAUAAUUAAAAACAACUGA